AAUGCCAUAUUUGUUGCUUAUUUCAGGUUCUUGAUGCCCUCUUUCUGGAACAUGUACACACCUAAAGAAGACUGGCUUGCGUUUCCUUACAAGAAGCACCAAAGAUCAAACCUUCGGAAGAAAAAGAAGUAGAUUUAGUAGUAUCAAAUUUGCACCAUCUUUCUGCCAGCCCAUUUCAAAAUCGCGCGCAAACCGCAAAGCAAAAUCGAGGCGGAUAUAAAACGCGCGGGAGGAAGGCGAAGAAUUCGACAUCCAAUUUCCAUCCAUCAAUUCAUCAAUCCUUGGUAAUUUGGCAGGAGGAAGAAGAAGACGGCAAUGGCGACAAAGCUCUGCCUCGCGCUACUCCUCGUCGUCAUGGCUGUCGCGGCGACGCCGGCUGCGGCGACGCGGCGGCGGCCCGAGUCCCGCGUGCUCUGGUACCCAGGCAUCCGCCCCCGCGGCGGCAGCAGCCCCAGCGUCUUCCCCGGCUGGCCCCGCCGCCCCUCCUCGCCGCCAGCUUCCUCCCGCUUCUCCCCACCAUCACCCCGCCCAUCACCACCGGCGUCGCCAUCUCCAGUCGUCCCCACGCCCCCCUCCUCCACCCCACCCCCCUGCGUCGCCGCCGCGCGCCCACUCCCAGGCUUCCCCGGCGUCUCUUCCUCCCCAUCAACUUCAUCUUCCUCGGCUCCGGCGGACUGCGUGACGCCACUGGCAGGCCUGAUGACGUGCGGGCCCUUCCUGACGGGCAGCGCCCAGGACACGCCCGCCCCCGGGAGCGAGUGCUGCUCGGGGCUGGGGAUGUUCCUCAACAGCACCGCCGCCGCCGAGGACCGGUCGCUGCGGUGCCUGUGCCCGGUGAUCCUCGGCGACGUGAACCGGAUGCUCCCCCGGCCCGUCGACCCCGUUCGCAUGAUGUACCUCCCCAUCUCCUGCGGCGUCGUGCUCCCGCCCCAAGUCCUCUUCAUCUGCUUCACCGGGCAGCCGACUCCGCCGGUGGUCUCGAGGAUCCCGGACUCGUGGAGGAAGACCUUCUUUUCUUCGUCGUCGUUGUCGUCGUCUUCUUCUUCAGCAGCAGCAGCAGCGUUGUCGCCUUGAUGGAUCACCCACAAUCUCGAUCGGGAUAACACUCUAUGGCGUAUGUUAAGAUCAAUCUAUGGCCUACAAGAAUAUUUAGCUAGCCCCGGGUUCAUGUACUGAAAAUUAGUUAAUUGCUAGUGGUAAUUUAUAUAGAUGUUAUGAACGAUAAUGUAAUGGGGAUUUUGUUUUCGUUGGGAAUAUGAACAAAUACAAGAGAAAUUCGUCGGUCCGAUAUUGUAACCUUUCCUGCCCUCGCCAUUUUGCAUGGUUUAAUUCUGCAAGGGGUAUGUAUAAUGGCAUCGUGCAUGUUAACACGAAUUUUUACAU